CAUGGGAAACUCAGGUGUGGAAUAUACAACGUUGCCAAACGCAAAUUAUCAGCAAGACAUGCAAUAUGUCUUUAGACCAUGCAGUUGGAUUCUUGGUUCAAUUGGCAUCUGGCCACUCGCGAUUCGCGGAAUCGGGCGAAAUAUAUCCAAAAUAGCGAUAAUAAUCUGCAAUUUUGCAUUAAGCUUCGCGAUAGUGCCCUGCAUCCUACACAUCGUCUAUGAUGAGAAAGAUCUCAACAUAAGACUGAAGCUCUCCGGUCUGCUAGGCUUCUGCCUCAUGUCGAUGAUGAAGUAUUGUGUUCUCGCGCUACGUCGGCCCAAAAUAAUGCGCUGCAUCGAGCAUGUGAAGAGUGAUUGGUGGCAGGUGAAAUUCAGCUCCGACCGCGAACUUAUGCUGAAGUACGCUGGCAUUGGUCGUAAACUGUCUAUAAUCAGCGCGAGUUCUAUGUACAUCGCCGGUUUCAUUUACCACACGAUUUUGCCGUUUUGUACUGUGCAUGAAGUCAACAACCAAACAAUCAGACCACUCGUGUAUCCAACUUACAGUAAGUUUUAUCAGACCCAAAUGAGUCCCGUAUACGAAAUAGUGUAUUUGGCCCACUGCGUGUGUGGAUACACCAUGUACUCGGUCACGGCCGGUUUGUGCGGACUGGCAGCAAUAUUCGUCACUCAUGCAUGCGGUCAGAUCGACAUAAUCGCAUCUCGACUUGAGGAUCUUUCACAAGGCAAAAACUUCGAGAAAUCAUCGAAUGUUAACCAACGAAUCGCAAACAUCGUGAAAAGCCACGUUCAAGUAUUGAGAUUUUCGGUAGCCGUGGAAGAAAUUCUACAAGAAGUAUGUUUACUGGAAUUCGUCAGUUCGAUAUUCACAAUGUGCUUGCCUGAAUACUAUUGUAUAGUGGAUUGGCAAGAUAGUGAUACAGUUGGAUUGACGACUUAUUUUUUACUUUUUAUUUCAUUCUGCUUCAAUAUGUAUAUAUUAUGUUACACUGGCGAAUUGCUCAUGGAAAAGAGCAGCCAGAUUGGAUCAAUGUGUUUUAUGAUAGAUUGGUAUCAAUUGCCGCCAAAAUCAAUUCGCAGUCUAAUUUUAGUAAUUGCAAUGUCCAGCCAUCCUAUAAAGAUUAGUGCCGGCAAUAUGUUUGAUUUAUCAUUGGCAACUUUUGGAAAUGUACUCAAAACAAGUUUAGCGUAUCUAAGCUUCCUUCGGACAUUAGUAAUGUGAAAUAAUUGAAAUACUAUGGCAGAUGUGUAAAAGGACAAUCUUAAAUGUGCCGCCUCCUAUCAGCGUAGA